UCCCCGUUUACGUCUAUCGGUCAUUGUUCGGCUUCAGCUUGCUAAUGUGCUAGUUAGAGGCUAGCCAAGAUUACACACGUUUAGACUCUUCGUGCAUGAAUACAAGACAUUUUAAGUUUACAACGAACAACUGAGAGCUUGUCAGAACAACAAUGAGCAAAAGAAAAGCGCCGCAGGAAUCCCUAAAUGAGGGAAUAACAGACUUUCUUGUCGAGCUGGCCAAUUACGAGAAAAACGUCAACAGGGCAAUACACAAGUACAACGCUUACAGGAAAGCAGCAUCUGUCAUUUCAAAGUACCCUAACAAAAUCAAAAAUGGUGAAGAGGCCAAGAAACUGGAUGGCGUUGGAGCUAAAAUAGCAGAAAAGAUUGAUGAGUUUCUACAAACUGGCAAACUACGGAAACUGGAAAAGAUUCGUAACGAUGACACAAGCUCCUCCAUCAAUUUCCUCACCAGAGUUACUGGAAUUGGCCCUGCUGCUGCCAGGAAGUUCUUUGAGGACGGGGUGAAGACGUUAGAAGAUUUGAAAAAGAUUGAGCACAAGCUAAACCAUCAUCAACAGAUUGGACUCAGGUACUUUGAGGAAUUUGAGAAAAGGAUUCCACGUGCUGAAAUGGAGAAGAUGGAGACUCUUAUUGUUGAAGAGUUGAAAGGGAUCGGUACAGAAUAUAUUGGGACAAUCUGUGGAAGCUACAGGAGAGGUGCAGCAUCGAGUGGUGAUAUUGAUAUUUUGCUGACCCACCCAGACUACACCUCUCUGACCGAGAAGCAGCCCAAGGUCUUCCAUGCCGUGGUCGAACAUUUUGAGUCCAUUGGCUUUGUGACCGACACGCUGUCCAAAGGAGACACCAAGUUCAUGGGAGUCUGCCAGCUGCAGCAGAAUGACGAAGAUGAGGAAGAAUACCUUCACAGACGUAUUGAUAUUAGGUUAAUUCCCAAGGACCAGUACUACUGUGGAGUUCUGUAUUUCACCGGAAGUGAUAUCUUCAAUAAAAACAUGAGAACUCAUGCUCUGGAGAAGGGCUUCACUCUUAAUGAGUACACCAUACGGCCACUUGGGGUCACCGGUGUUGCAGGGGAGCCUCUGUUGGUGGAUAGUGAGAGAGACAUCUUUGAAUACAUCCACUACAAAUACAGAGAGCCAAAGGAACGCAGCGAGUGAAGCUUACAGUUGCAUCUGUAUUUGAAGCUACAGCUUUCCAGUUAACAAGAUCGGAAGCAUGUGGACAAAUGUGUGUUUUAGUAUACCAUUCAACUAUGUCAGCAAGGGGGAAAAACAGCUGUGAAAGUCAUUUUAAUUGUUUGUCUUGGACAUUAUUUCUACCUUAAAUUAAAAUCGUCCCCUUUUAAUGACAUUUAACUCAUCCUCUCCACAAAAAAAAUAUUAUUUUGUUUUUUUCCUUCGGUUUAAUGCUCCAUGGUGUAUCUUUGUGAAGACUAUUGGGUUCUAUUUGUUUUAAAUCAUGCUCUCAAUAGUAAUUUAAUUUUGACGACACUUGUACAUUACAUUUUUGAUAUGAAGAAAAAAAAAAGGAUUAUACCAUGAUCUGAGAGGCGUAAUCUUAAAGUGGACUUGCUUCUGUUACAGUUGUUGGAACACAAUGAGGAACUCUAUCAUCCAGCCAUUUUGACUUAACAGUAGUGCCCUUUAACAACGUGGCCACGUAUUGCAAAUAUGUUUUAAUAAUAUAUAUCUGUUACACAUUCAGACAACACAACGGUAUUGCUACUUUAUGUUAGUAGUUUAAAAUAAAUCUCAUUCUCCCUGGACAUUUAAGAGUGUGUUUUUAAACCUGUAGUGUUUCUCUUCCGAUGUGAAUUUGCUAUUUGUGGUUAAUGGGCUCAGGGGCAGUGGGACAAAAGGAUCAUCAAUUUGUUGAGAUAGAUGAGAAAAACUUCUGUGAUCUGUGAGUAUGACUGUUUCACUGGUAGACUUGAUUAAACUCUUGUGUAAUUGUGUGAAAAUUAGUACUUGUGUGUUAGGUCAGGACAUUAUUGUGUCUUUGGUGCUUUUUAAAGGGACAUUUUAAAAGCACUAGAUAAAAGUAAUAAAGUUAACCAGGUAACUGAAACACUGCUACUGUGUACUGUGGUGUUACAGAUUUGAAUCUGUAACACAAAACUUGAAUAUAAAGAUAAGGAUUUUCGUUCAGUUUUGAAUGUGGAUGAUUGCAAACAUUUCUGACAAUGUUUAAGAAAAGCCAUAGUGUUUAACGGUCAACUGUUAACUUUGAGUUUCAGUGAAAUAAAUGGAUUUAAAAAAAUUA